ACGCUGACCGGUUGGCCUCGGCCUGGUGGAUAACAACAUAUAUCUGAUCCUAAAAAGCCAUCAUCACUUAACCUGACCCUCGAAUUUCCCUCACAAACCAAAACGAUGCCGUCUUCAACCAUCCAAUCACCACCACACCACCACCACCUCCAAACCCUACUAUCCUCCGCCCGACCGUUCCUCCGCGGCGAACUCGAAACCGUCGACGACAAACUCCCCGCCCUAAUCGCCGUCCUGAAGUCUGUCGGCGCCGGCGAAUGCUGGCACAAACACGGCAGCUUUCUCGACCACCUCAUCGACAUCUACCGCAUCCUCAAGAUAUGGAAAUCACCAGACGCCGUAUGCCUCUGCGGCCUCUUCCACUCCGCCUACUCCAACUCCUACGUCAACCUCGCCAUCUUCGAUCCUUCCACCGGCCGUGACGUCGUUCGCCGCCACGUCGGGGAUGCAGCGGAGCGGUUGAUCCACUUGUUCUGCGUUGUGCCACGUCAGCAGCUUAUUCAUGAUAACCUGUUGUAUCGUUAUUCUGAAUCGGAGCUUGUGCAACACGUUAUUGAUUCUGAAAAUUCGUUGGAAAAAGCGUUGAUAAAUGCAGAAAAAGGUGUGUUUGUGGUGGAGGAUGAGGAAUGGAGGAGGAAGAUACAGUCGGUUUUACCGGCGGAUGGAGUGGUUAUGAAGCAUAUAAAAACAGGUGAAGAUGUGCAUUUAUCGCGGAGAGUUGUAGCGACAUUUCUUCUAAUGACGAUUGCGGAUUUUAGUGAUCAGUUGUUUAGUUUCCAGGAUGUGCUGUUUGAUAAUUCGGAUGGAAUGUUGAAGUUUGCUGGUAAUGAUUGGCCGACCGGGUUGUGGCCCGGGGAUGGGAAGCCAGGGCUGUGGAUGAAUUCGAUUUCGAGAAUGGGAGCAAUUUAUACACUGAUAGUUCGAGAAGAACAGUUAUACUCAAUUGAACAAUCACAAUCACAAUCAACUAAUAGUAAUGGUAAUAACAGAGAUGAAGAAAUUGAGCUUGUGAUACCGCCUAUACUUGAAAGCUGCACGAAGAUUUUGAGCGCGAAGGAUCAGAUAGAGGCGAGGGAUUUGUACUGGGAAGGUGUUUGUGAAGUGUCUAAGAGAGGGUUGGAUGGUUGUGCAGAGGUGCUGGAAAGGAGUAUUGUGAAGAAUCCGUUUGUUGGGGAGCCGCAUGUGGUUUUGAGUCAGAUUUAUAUGAGCCAGGGGAGGUUUGAUGAGGCGGAAAAGGAAGCUGAAGAAGGGUUGAGGCUUCUGAUAGAAUGGGGAAGUCCGUGGGAUAAGAGGAUGUCGUGGGAAGGUUGGAUCGCGUGGUGCAGAGUUUUGGUGAUGAAAGCGAAAGAGAAGUCGUGGCCGCAGACUUCUUGGGGAAUCCUUAAUCUCGGACUUGUUCGAUAGUCACUUGCAAUGGAUUAAGGUCUGUCCCCUAAAUGUGUUAUUGAUAAAUAUGUAUAAUUUCCUGCAUUUGAAGAAACAGUUAUCCUGGUAGUUAAAUGGCAACCUUGUGUAAUAUUGAAUAAGCAUAGUUUUACUACACUGGAGGAUAUAUUGUUAUCAAGAUAUGUACUGAAGAUUGAAGAAUUGACAAUAACUUGCUUUAUUUGAUCUUA